AUGCUACACCAGGAGGAACGAGUGCCCAAAGGGUACGCCUUCGUAACACCACCAUCAGCCAAGGGCAACAACCACAAUGCAGUACACCUUCGCUCUGACGGCAACCUGACCAAGCCAUGUGACUUCACCUUCGAAGCCAUCCGGCCCAACGUCUUCCGCACAACUUUCACCUCAGAGGACCACCCGCUGCCGCCCUUCCCAAGCGUUCGCCUUCCGGGCGUCGGAAACAACAGCAGCGCCACUCAGACCAGUGAUGUACCCGGAGCCAAGCAGAUAACCCUGCACAACGCCCAGGCCAGCACCACCGCGACAGUGGACUACACCCACACGCCGGUGGUGACGAUCCGCCUAGGAGACCACACAAUCCACCAGGACCUCCCGCUGCGGUCGUACGCGCUCGACGGCAGCGGCGUGGCACACUACAGCGCCUACAGGAAGGGCACACUGCACGUGGGACUAGGCGAGAAGGCGGCGCCGAUGGACCUGUCGGGCCGCGGGUUCGCGAUCACGGCGUCGGACACUUUCGGCUACGACGCGCACCGCACCGACCCGCUGUACAAGCACGUGCCGCUGCUGAUCAACGUCCUCCCCGGUGCGGGCGGCGGCGCGGUGGGCGUGUUGUCAACGUCGCAUGCGCGCGGGGCUUGGGCCGUGGGCAGCGAAAUCGAUGGGCUGUGGGGCCAUUUCAAGGUGUACCGGCAGGCCUUUGGCGGGCUGGAGGAGUACGUGAUUGUGGGCGGGAGCGUGGCGGAGGUGGUGCGGGCGUACGCGGAGCUGGUUGGGUUCCCGUUGCUCGUGCCGCGGUAUUACCUUGGGUAUGUGUCGGGCGGGAUGAUGUACAGCAUGGUGGACGAGCCGGUGCGGGCGGUGGAUAAUAUUGUGAAUUUCCUGGAUAAGUGCAAGGACAUGGACAUACCCGUCUCGGCGCACCAGAUGAGCUCCGGGUAUACCGUCUCCGAGACGCCGCCCAAGACGAGGAACGUCUUCACGUGGAACCGCCACCGGUUCCCGGACCCCAGGGAUUUCACCAGGAGAUGCCACGAAAGGGGUGUCAGGAUCUUGGCGAAUAUCAAGCCGUACGUACUGGCGAACCACCCGGACUACCAAAAGCUGUCAGAGGCAGGUGCGUUCUUCAAGGACCCCCUGACCGGCAAGACGGCGGUGGCACGACUGUGGAGCGCGGGCGGUGGCGAGAGCGGCGAGGGCAGCCACGUCGACUUCACCAGCAAGGCCGGAUACCAGUGGUGGUACGACGGGUGCAAGAGCCUGAAGGAGGUUGGGAUCGAUGCUAUGUGGAACGACAACAACGAGUACAACACCCCCAACGACACCUGGGAAUGCGCAUUGGACUUGCCCAAAGACAUAGAGACCAUUCACACCAAUGCCCCGGCUAAUGGUGACAACCGCAUCGGCCUCUGGGGCCGCGCGGCGAACACAGAGCUGAUGGGAAAGAGCUCAUGGCAAGCGUGCGUGGACGCCGAGCCGGACGUGCGGCCGAUGGUGUUGACGCGGAGCGCAACGGUGGGCACAAUGAAGUAUGCCUGUGCCAGCUGGAGCGGCGACAACGUGACCAGCUGGGAGGGCAUGAGGGGCAGCAACGCGCUGGCGCUCAACGCGGGCUUCUCGCUCAUCCAGUGCUACGGCCACGACAUCGGCGGCUUCGAGGGCCCGCAGCCCACGCCGGAGCACCUCGUGCGGUGGGUGCAGAUGGGCGUGUACUCGCCCAGAUUUGCCAUCAACUGCUACAAGACGUCGCCCGAGGACAACCUCGUCGGCGAGGUGAUCGAGCCGUGGCAGUACCCCGAGUCGACGGAGCUGAUCCGCAGAGCCAUCAAGCGGAGAUAUGAGCUGCUGCCGUAUAUGUACUCGUUGAGCAUCAAGAGUCACCUUACGGCCGUGCCGCCGCAGCGAUGGACUGGAUGGGGCUACGAGAGCGAUGACACCGUCUGGACAAAGGAGGUCAAGGACGGCGAAACUCAGUACUGGCUUGGGGACGCCCUAUUAGUUGCUGGGGUCUUUGAACCCGCACAAGAACAUGUACGGGUAUAUCUGCCGUCUUCCAACGACUCUGGUCACGACGUGAAAGGCGACGUUGUCCGAUUCUCAAACCAGGACGCAACACCCACGACCAGGUUCGGAUUUUUCAACACCAAGGCUCAGGAAGGGGGUCGAUUCCUGCCUUCUGGCGGGUGGCAACGCAUCGUUGCUGCUUUGGAUAUCAACGGAAGUCAAGACGGGCGGCCGGCUCCAAACCACAUUCCGGUAUUGGCACGGGUUGGUAGCGCUAUACCUGUUGGCAAGAACCGCCACACGACAUCGUCUCCCUAUGAAGAUCCCGAGUUCCCUCACGAGGACAAAGAUGACUGGCGUGGAGUGGAAAUUUAUCCUCCCCUUGUUGGGUCACCAAACAGCGACGGCGCCGAGGAGGAUCAAUUUGGCUUCAGUACCCCGCGCAAGGUAGCCUUCGAAACCACCUGGCACGAAGACGACGGCAUCAGUGCCUCACAUAUUGCAGACGUCCAGCGUUGCACCCUCACUCUGGAGUACACCGUGAGUAUCGGCUUUAGCAAGGAAAAGACAAAUGAAGCUGGCAUCGAGGUCAAGUGCACCAUCAGGGGCACCAGCCAGAGGGAGAAGGGCGGCACAGGAUUGAAGUGGCAACCUUUGUGGCUCGACAACGGAAUCGAUGUGGUCUUGCCCGUGGGCGUAGCAAGCAAGGUCACUAGUGGAUCGGAUGUGACUGAGGCUAGGAGAAGCUCUGAGACCUACGCCCUUGAGGGCCGGCGGGUAUGGAAUAUUCCCGUAGCUAGGGAAUGGACGACCUGA